UUUGAAUAGAGAAGUUGUGCCAUGGCGUUGUGUAGAAUAACGUAACCCGAAGGUGGAACUAAGAGAGUGGCGAAUAUUGAAUUAGAAGUGCAAAAAGCAAUAUCUACUUUAUUCCAGGUAUUUUUACUAUAACAUGUAACAAAAGUGGAUCCAAAAAUCAAAGAAUGACGUCUUCAGCGACAGAAAACAAGCCACCCAAACAACAUCGAUGUCAUCCGCCCAAUCGACAUGACAGUAAUAGCAUGAGUAUGUGAAUAUUAAAAACGGAAGAUGACAACACGGUCUUAAGUAACUCAAUAAUGGAAUAAAACAUCAGCUACGGCAUUCAACAAUUAUUUGCUUCGCUUAAUAAUAUCAUCGACAAUAUUAAACGUGAUGUCACGAUCGACCCAGCGGAUGUUCUAUUAAAUAUUAAAGCAAUAUCGAACUUAUAUAAGUUACUGAAUGUUACUUACUUUCCGGAUCUAUAUAUUGCUCCAUUAUAGAGUAAAGGUAGAUGACAAUACACAGUCUAUUUGAAACUAGGAUGGCAUAGUCAAUUGAAAUAAUCACAAUGCGAACAGAACUGUAGAGAUUGAGACAGGAGGCUAUUUGUGUAAAUGUUUAAUAAAGUAGAAAUCUCUGGACAAGCUUUAUGGGAGGAUAGGCGUUUGUGAGCACCACCGGCCCGAGCAUAACUGAAAAUUAUUGACUGGCGAUUUGAAAAUAUGCCGGCCGCUAUGUGUAAAGAUAUUCAUCGGGAAUAACUUGCUAUCUUAUAAGUUGCAAAUAUCUCGACGUAGAUAUGCGAAAGUUAAAUGUUGGGAUAAGGUUGCUGUAGAUACGUAUGUGGAGAUAUUGCUAUCGAUUUUGAGCAACGGCUAAAGAAAUGAAGUCUAGUUCAAACUACUAAAUACAUAAAUAUUUCAUAAACAACCCUGACGUUCGUGCUUUCAAACAUUCUAUGAUUAAGUCAUAAGACAUGUUCAAGAUGGGAAUGUGCGGGUCGAAAAACGACACGACCAAAAGUAAGACGUUUGAGUUAGAGGUGUGUGCUGAACACGAGAAUGGAAUCAAUUGUAUGGCUUUGAGCGAGGAUGGUUCCGUUCUUGCCUCGGGCAGUGAGGACAAAACGGCUCGUUUAUGGAGCACAAAAUCAGAACAUUGUGAAUGCAUCGGAAUCCUCCAAGGGCAUGAGGAUUACGUUAAUUGCAUCCUCAUUGAGGAUAACUAUGUCCUGACCGGGAGUGCGGAUAAGACUGUACGUAAAUGGGACAUGAGUACUUGUGAUUGUAUAUGUAUAUUUCGUGGUCACAAUUCGCUCAUCAAUCGUAUUAUUUGUACCGGGGACUUUGUCUUCAGUAGUUCUUAUGACCGCACAGCCAGAUGCUGGGAUUUUGACACGGGAGAGUGCAUUCGCGUGUUUAGCGGUCACAAAAGAGGUGUCUACCCACUGAUCUUUAUUCCCGGUGAAGAUGAUUAUGAAUUUGACGACGAGGAACGGGAAGAAAACGAUGAAGAUUGCAAGGAUAUUCUUAUAUCAGGAUCACCGGAUUUCACUGCGAAGUCUUGGUCAUUCGAAACUGGCAAAUGUUUGAAAACUUUUAAAGGUCAUACUGGAGCUGUAACUUGUAUGACUACGGACCCAGUAGGGAGAACAUUAUUUACUGGUGGGACUGAUAAUACUAUCAGAAGCUGGGACAUUACCAAAGGAGAACAGCUCAAACUAUUCGCAGGGCACCAAGGGGCUAUCAUUUGUAUAACCCUGGUGAACAAAAUAUUGUAUUCGGGGAGUUCGGACCAUACAGCUCGAUCCUGGGUUCCUGAGUUCGGAGACUGCACGAGGAUAUUUAAGGGUCAUAGGCACACAGUAAGCUGCGUCCGGUUCCACGAAGGAUUAUUGUUUACUGGAUGUGGUGACAAUCUUGCCCGAGUAUAUGACGCAAAAUCUGGAGCUCUAAAGAGGAGCUUCAAAGGACAUGAAUCGGCAGUCAAUUGUUUGCAGAUCAGUGAGGGGAAGCUAUUCACUGGUUCUCACGACGCAACGCUUCGUGUAUGGGACGCAUCAGGAAUGAGAGAUGAUACUGCGUUCGGUGGAAAGGAUGACGCCGACAAAAAGGAAAAGGAAAAAGAAAACGCCCCGCCCGUUGAGAAUCAUUCCAAUGGACAGACAAAGAUAAUGCUUGACGAUGACUAUGACCAGAAUGGUCAUAUGAAUGGGAAUGGAGUGAGCAACGGCCUUCCCAUAAUGGACGAUGACGCCGACGACGAACAGCGGAAACUGGAGCAACAAGUUAUAGGUGCAGUGUGACAACGUUACAUAGAUAUGGACGUUGAUGUAUUCUGAUGUGAAUUACCUGUGUUGCCAUUUGGUACACUUAAAUUGGAUCAUUUCGAGUAUAAUUCAAUGUUUCGAAGUGAAAGAAAAAAGACGCGAUGAAACGUUAUUUGGGAUCGUUGAUUUUCUUUGAGAAAAGGGUUAAUGGUCUAUUUAGGAAAAGUCACGUAAAAUCGCUAGUAAGUGAUUGGAAUGAACACUGAAUAUACGUCAUAUAAGCAGAAAUGUAUAAAGCGUCCAAUUUGUCACCAAAAGUAGGCUUUAACUUGAAUUUGAAAUUAUUUGGCUUUCACAUUAUAGAAGUGAAAACAUUUUUAUAUUUAUGUAAUUUAUAUAAAUGACGGAGUGGAUUGCUUUUUACAUCUUUCUAGAUUCGUCAACAGCUUAAUCUCAAAUGAAGUUCACACAAACAAUGGUUUAAAAACUGCUGAUUGAAAAGAUUUGCCCUUAACUGAUUUGGCCAGAAGGCUCGUAGUACUGGACCUUGGAAAAUUUGUUAAUUGUGAGUGAACUUUAGUGGAGCUUAAAGCCCCCUGCCAUAUUAACGAAAAAAACCAAAUCAAUUUGCGUGUACUGACGAAUAGGACUUAAGUAAAAUUCGUUCCCAUUAGUACAUGUACACGGUGUACCAAAGAAACGUUACCCACCUAACAAUAAAUACUUCCUCAACCAGGGAUAAUGUAUACGCGAUGAUAACAACUUUGCCAAGCAUCUGCAACUGUCUUCAGAGACGCAGUGCCCCUUUGGAGCACAUUGUUUGAACGGCCAGCAGAGGGGCCAUGCAUUUGCUAUAGUGGUGACACUUUGCCAAUUUAAAGAACAUCAAACUAGUUUUAACUGUGGAAACUUUCUUUGAUCAAACCCUAUUGGUUGAGCCAGAGGAGAUAUUCAUUGUUAGUUAGGUACAGUUUUUGUUGAUACACCCUAUACGUUGUACAUCGUUUGGGUGUUCUUUUCGGACAGCUUCAGGAGCACGCGUAACGUUGCGCAUGUUAACGUUCCCAGUCGCCUAAAUUUACCCAAUUCGCAAGCUGCUUUUAGUGGAUUCGUUCAUAUGAGGAGACCUUUAAUUUAUACAAACAAACAUUCUAAUCUAUUUAAAGAAGUACCAUGAUGGUGUUACAAGACAACGCACCAGAACGACGUUAUAAAUCAAAAGACUCAAUAGUACCGUACUAAUUUUCAAAUUAAAGGCCACUCUUUCUACUGCUGUUGAAGUGUUGACCAUAUGGCAUCGGGGAAAUGUCUCUAUUUUAGUUUACCCUUGUCCCAAAAUUUGAUUCGUGUAAAUAUUUUUCACUAAACAUGCAUGUGAUUUUGACAACAAUUACUAAGUUGGGUGGAUAAUCGUGUUUUUUCGUAAGUACAUUCCGUCCACAAAUCAGAUGAUAUUUUCAUACACAUAAUUUGGACUGAUCUUGUCAAUCGCAACAAUUAUAAGCCUACCAAUAAUGGUACUGGUCGAACGAAUAUUUAAAUAAUUAUAAAAGUUGCUGACGUUAUGUAUGUAGUAUUUUAUCCGGAAAAUAUCUUGUUUGGCCCUAGAAUCAAGUGGACCUUUAUGACUCAACAUGUACAUUUAAAUGUUAAUUUAUUAUUUUUAACCUGAUUUUUUAAAAACUUGUGCAGUAACUUCUUCGGAUUACCUGUAAUGAAAUGGUCAUCAGAAUUUGGAGGUAUGAAUCAAUAUUAUAAAAAAUCCGAUAAUUAGACUUCAUACUCAAAUAUAUAUUCAGCUGUAGAUAUACUGCCGCUAAAUACUACCAACUUCAGUCGACCAUUGUUGAUUACGUAAACGUCAUCCAACGAUGGGCAUUAGCUUCCAGUGUAUAAUUUCUGGAAAGGGAUGUACGACAAAAUGUAUUUUUGAAUUUUCGAAUAAAAUAUUAUUUGGCAUG